AGAGAAGCUGAGGGCAGUUAUCUGUGACACCUCUGUGAGUAGUCUGGUUUUGCUUUUUUUUCUUUUGGUGAGAGGCACCUUCAAGUUACCAUCCCCAGCCUGGUCCUCAUGCUACCUUGGCUCCUGCUACUGAUCUGUGGUGCUGCACAGUUUUCUGUUAACAACAUAGCUUUCUCUUUACAACCAGAUGAAAUGCUGUCUCUACCGUGUGAACCUGCUGGAAUCUCUGAUGUGAGCUUGAAGACACGGCCCCCAGGAGGAUGGGUGAUGGAGGGAGACAAGCUGGUCCUCAUCUGCUCGGUUGAUAGAGUCACUGGGAAUAUAACUUACUUCUGGUACAGAGGGGCCCUGGGUUUCCAACUGGAAACAAAGACACAACCUUCACUAACAGCAGAGUUUGAGAUCAGUGACAUGAAGCAGAGCGAUGCUGAUCAAUAUUACUGUGCGGCUAACGAUGGCCACGACCCUAUCCCCAGUGAGCUGGUGAGCAUCCACGUCAGAGUUCCAGUGUCUCGCCCUGUCCUUACGUUUGGGGACUCUGGAACCCAGGCUGUGCUAGGGGACCUGGUGGAGCUUCACUGUAAGGCCCUGAGAGGCUCACCCCCAAUCUUCUACCAGUUUUAUCAUGAGAGCAUCAUCCUGGGGAACAGUUCAGCACCCUCUGGAGGAGGAGCAUCCUUCAACUUCUCCCUGACUGCAGAACAUUCUGGAAACUUCUCCUGUGAGGCCAGCAAUGGACAGGGUGCCCAACGAAGUGAGGUGGUGGCUCUCAACUUAACAGGUCUCUCCUUAGUGCCUACUGAGAAUGGAAUCAGCCAUCUCUCCUUAGGACUCACUGGGUGGCUGCUUGGCUGUCUUAGCCUCAUCACCAUGGCCUUAAUAUUUUGCUACUGGCUCAAGAGAAAAAUAGGAAGACAAUCAGAGGAUCCAGUCAGGAGCCCUCCUCAGACUGUGCUCCAAGGAUCCACCUACCCCAAACCCCCCGACUCAAGGCAGCCAGAGCCCCUGUAUGAGAACGUGAACGUUGUAAGUGGCAAUGAAGUGUACUCUCUGGUGUACCACACCCCGCAGGUGCUGGAACCAGCAGCAGCUCAGCAUGUGAGGACACACGGAGUAAGUGAGUCCUUUCAGGUCUCCUCUGGACUCUAUUCUAAGCCAAGGAUAAACAUUGCACAUAUGGACUAUGAAGACGCCAUGUAGAAUUAUGUAAACAGCAACUAUGGAGUGCUACAUACAAGCCCAAGGCCUGAUGUGGCCUCCAAGGAUACUGGGGACAGGGAUAGCUUGCCAGCCCAAUUUCCCCACACACUGCGGUUCAUUAGAUGGGUCCUUCACCUACCCUGUGUGAAGCUGGAGCAAGUCCUGCAGAAACCACCCAGGAAAACCAACUUAGACGGAGAAGCCAGAAGCAUUUGCAUCUGGUUGUUGCCCAUUCAUGUUGGCACACGAACUUUUAUUUACAGGAGGAAAAUGGUGUGAUGAAAGCAACUAAGGUCUUACAGCAGAGGGACAAUGCGACUCAGAGAGCACAAAGCCGAGAUCAAUGGCUUUGCGGGUCUGCUGUGGAGACAGAGCCAUGCUUCCUCUGUACACAUACCCUAGAGUACUUCUGAGUCACUGUCAUCAACUUAGAAUUAAAACACAGUUGCAUUAAAAUGUACUGUGGCGACACUUCAUUUUAGUGGCACUGUGUUUUGUUGUAUGCAGGCUAGGCUAAACCCUCUUGGGUUUAUAAUAGUCUUUGAAAGGUUCACCAAGUUCUAAGUUUUGAACUUGAUGCAACAUUUAGACUAAGCUUUAUGAGAAUGCUUUGCAGACCAAAUUUUCCUAGAAUUUGAGAUUAUCCUGCUUCAGUCUUCCAAGAACUGGGUUUACAGUUGGUGUGCCACCAAAUGUUAUUUGUUUUAUCAGUUUUAAAUGUAUGGUCCAGGAACAUCAUCUACUUUCACAACAUUUUAAUACUUUUGAUAACUGACGGACAUUAAAGUUGCUUCAGAUUUUCAUAGGAUUAACGCAGUGCCCAUUAAAUGUCUUCACAUUUG